ACCACUGUGACCUUCUCCUGUCCUCUGGAGCUGCCAUUGGCUUCUCAGCCUCCGGUAACUUCUCCUUCAACCAUCGAAUGUCUCUCCAGACCCACUCCAAUGAGGUUGCCUGUAGCAACAGACCUGACAGUGACUGGAAUGCUUUGAUCUACGUCAUAAACUAUGAUGGAGUGAGACCGUACAUCGUUACAAUUCCAGAAGGUCCCAUCUUCCAAGCCGGCAGAGAAAUAAAGUACUAUUGCAAGGUGAUUGCUCCUGGUGCUUUCAGUUUCAAAAUGACAAAGUACUGUGUACAUAUGGGCUCUGAGAAUUUAGCGUAUCAGUCUCCACUAUCUACAAAUACUACUGAGACCUCAUUCAUCAUCAAUUCGACUCCUACUUACUGUAUGGAUAAAGUUGGGUGCACAGCAUGGGAUGAUGCUGGUAGCACUGCAGAGGACAAAUUGUCUGUACAUGUCACAGGAGUAGGACUUGUUAACUUCCACGGUAGUGAAAUGCCCAAUAACACAUGCAUUGAGGCAACAUCAGACCACCAACUGGGCAUUGUCUACUGCAUGUCUGCCUCAACCAGCCAGCCUGACAUUGGCAGGUGGAUCAGUCCCAGUGGAGAGGAUAUCCUGUCGCUCAUGAAUGACAUGUUUGAUGUAUAUUCCAACACUCAUGAGUUCUACAGCUACACCUUUCUCCGUCUCAGAGAUGGUGUCCAGUUCAAC